AUUUUAUUGGGUAAACGUUUUGACUAAACAAAAAAAAAAUACGCGUUUUUUUUCUUUUCUUUUUCUCUCUGAUUUCUUCGUGGUCGCCGACGGAGACCCCAAAUCGAUUCUGCUUCGAACCAAAUCGAAACCCUCAUCAUGAUAGAGGAGCAUUAUGUGGCUCAAGGUUUAAGUAUUGUUGGAUACUUUCAUGCAAACGAGAGGUUUGAUGAUGUUGAGCUCUGUGGUGUGGCUAAAAACAUUGGUGAUCACAUUUCUCGCUAUUUCCCUCAGGCACCAAUUCUCUUGGUAAGUAAAUGUCUUAUCCUUUGUUUAUGGAAUGCUUUGGCCAGGCAGGAAGCAAAAGGCUGCGAGUAUCCAGUGUUCCGAGCAAGCUUAAGAUUAAUGCUAAGGUCGCCAAAAAGCUUAAAGAAAGGCAGUGGUGCGACUAUCUCUGGUUUGCAUCAAUGUCUGACUCCAAUUUGUUAUCUAUUUGAUAGGGAAUAUAGUUGUGCAAUACUCAGCAGGCUUUAGGAUUAGGAAGUGGGACUCAAAGCACUUACUUCUCAUAGUCAAGAACCAUCUCGAAGCUAAAGAAAAUCUAAAAUAUGGAAGACAUAGAUACAAGCUUACAAGUGUUGAAAAGCCGAGCACUAAAAGUAUAAAAAUGAAACAAAGGUGGAAAGAAACUGCUUUCUCUAUCUCAUGUCUGUUUUAAGGUUUCUUCGGUCACUUAAGAGACAAAAGGCAUUGUUUUGAUCACUCUUUGAAUCACUCUUAUUUUUGAAUUAGAGCAAUACCUAAAGAUCCAUCUUCUUAUAACCAUCAUACAUGACCGCCAUAUGAUUAACACAAGCCAUUGCAACUUUUAACCACUCUUCGAACAUAGUUAGUAAAAACAAGAAAAGAAAAAAACACUAUAUUUAAUUGAGGUUCAAUCAAGACUAAACCAAAUGAUUUACACCACUCAUAGUCUCAGUGUGGUUGAGAGCACAAUCGAGACAUUAUUCUUCUCAGAAAGUGUUGGAACAAACUUAUUGUUUUUGUUCGGUUUAU